GCCUCCGCGUUUCAGAGGCCGAAGGCAAUUUCCUAAACCCCUUCGGUACUCGUCCAAGUUCGAUCUGCAAUUCCGUCGCUCUGCUCUCCACCGACAAUGCUUUGCUCCAUCUCGACCGGAAAGUCCGGUUCGAACUGGCUGGAGCGUCUCCGAUCUAACAAGGGCUUCCCUUCCGGUGACAAUCUCGACCUCGGCAACUUCCUCAGCAACCCUAACUCCUCUGAUUCUCCCAUCACCAAUGCCUCCGAUUCUCCCAAUUCUAACGCCGAUACGGCUCAGUCCAACGACAUUCCGGUGGAGAAUUUGAAGCCGGUAGCCAGAGAGAGGCCCAGCGAGACUGGAGACAAAGAAUGGCUAGGUAUAAUGAGCAAUGUCCUCUCGGAGCUCUUCAACAUGGGUGAUCGGAGUCAAAGCUCCAGAUUUCCGGCGAAGAAGAGUUCCAGAAAGCAAAGAAACCCUAAAAUUUGCAUCACCCAGUCGUCGUCUAACGGUGUUAACAUGGCAGAAGAAGAGAGGAGCAGCUCGGACUGUGUGAGAAGAGGCGAGAACAUCCUGCCUGUAAAGUCGACGUUGAAUUUAGGUGAAAAGAGGAAAGAAGCCAAAGAAGAGAGUGACAACAAUGGGGAGGCCAGAGAUGUUGAAGAAGAGCCCGAAAAGGGGGAGAGCGAGCUCGUGGGGUUCUCAAAGAGUGAAGUGACUGUGAUAGAUACAAGCUGUGGGGUAUGGAAGUUUGAUAAGCUAGUGUUUAGGAGGAAGAACAUUUGGAAAGUGAGGGACAAGAAAGGAAAAUCACGUAACUUUGGUAGAAAGAGGAAAGGAAGCACAUGUGAUGGUAAUGCUGAUGGUAAUGCUGUUUGCAACAAGAAGCAAAAGAUUGCAAGCUCGGAGCUUUCGACCUUGAACGAUGCCAGUGGAAGAGAAUAUGCAUCGAUCUCUACUCAUGGAUCGAAUCCUGAGGAUGACAAGAGUGAGCAAGUUUGCAUAGAGAGACCUAGUGACCUUAACCAAGUUCCCAGAAAGAGAUUGUCUAGAAAAUCGAGGAAGAGAAGAUCAUCUGUUAUUCUUAUAAAAGCCAUACCUACAAGCUAGAAUUCGAAGCAAGUCUCCCAAGAGUUGCCUUACGGACAGUCAGAGGCAAGAAGAGGGAGUUGGAUGCAAUAAGCCAAUGUCUUCAUCAAUUCUGUCCAUUAUUUUUAAACCAGCAAUCAAAUUCUAUUUGCAGCCAUUUUAAUCCGGGACAGGAGAAAGAAGUGUAGGCUUGAAGAUGAAGUCGCACUACUCCAACUUUACCGGCAUUCUUAUUUCUUGACAAACAAAAACACCUUGUAAAUAUGUUUCAUUUUCGUACCGUUUCAUCCAUCUCUCUGUAGCAUUUAAAAUUUUUCCUUGUUGGAAGAUUAAAAUUUAAUUCCAAUUUUAUAUGGAUA